CAGCCAUUGAUGAAUUGAUAUCCAGCAGCGACGAAUCAAACAGAGUCGUCUUUAUCUGUUUUUUGAAGGGACCGCAACCUGGUAUAUCAGUCGGACUUGCUUUGGAAGCCAAGUCUGUCGUCGUGGAUAGGUUAGCGACCCGCGCGCUGGUCCUCACUGGACGUCCGACCACGGCGGAGCAGAGAGGGAACGCGCGUAUAGCCACCGUCCACGGAAAGGGCAAGAAACGCAAAGCAUCCGUCAAAACCACGGCACGCCACGGAAACGCACCACCUUGCCUUAACCGGGCAGCGGGGAAGGCGGCGACGGAGACGGACGAUGCCUUCCUCCUGCUCCGCCGCCACCACAGAUGGGUCUCCUUGAGGGCCUCUUCGGCGGCGACCACAGCAGGGGGAGGGGCAAGAAGGAGCACGGCGGCGCAGUGGAGGCCGCGGACAUGGCGACCGACGCGGCCAUCCCGCCCCUCUCGCGCAUCGCCGCCUCCGUCGUCCACCGAUGCGCCCGGAUCGCGGGCGUGCCGGUGGAUCAGCUGCUCCGGCGGUUCCACGCGGAGGAGCAGGCCUGCCGGCCGCUGGAGUACGCCAGGAGCGUUGUCGAGUACUGCUCCUACGUUGCUCUGCGCGUCGAGACCAAGCGCCAGGAUCACCUCGGCGACAGGGAGUUCCACUCACUCACCUACGACAUGAUGCUCGCCUGGGAGGCGCCCGAUGAGGAGACCGACGCCGUGUUUCAGAAGACGGCUUUCAGCAUUCUCCGGGACGACGCGGAUGACGACGACGGUGGAUCCAUAUUCUAUUCAAGCCCAACGCAGAUGGCCAUUCAGAUCGAUGGGAGGAGGACAGUUGGACCCGAGGCUUUUGCCAAGAUUGCUCCUGCCUGCCCCGCCAUGGCGCAUCCCAUCACCGUCCGGAACCUAUUUGACGCGCUCACCAACUCGACCGGAGGCCGACUGCAUUUUCUCAUCUACCACAAAUACCUCAAAAGCUUAGACCAGGUGCUCAGCUCUGCAAAACGUAUAUCAGAUGGACACAAAGCUCCUGCCCUCCAGCUCUCCGACAUCGAAGUAAUCCUCGACAUCUAUGGCGCUGCAACGACCAAGCCGGUUCUACAGCACAUUGGGACGUCCACAUGGCCUGGGAGGCUCACGCUGACGAAUCACGCUCUCUACUUCGAGCCUAUCGGUGUCGAUUUCUCGUAUGGCGAGGCUGUCAUGUAUGAUCUGGCAAGGGACUUGAAGCAGUCUGUCAAACGUGAAUCCACUGGCCCAUGGGGUGCUCACCUUUUUGACAAAGCAGUCGUGUACAAGUCUAGCUCGACAAGUGAACCCGUGUUCUUUGAAUUCCCUCAAUUCAAUGGCCACACACGCAGGGACUACUGGUUUGCAGUCAUCAAAGAGGUGCUGCACGCACACAAGUUCAUCAGGAAGUACAGGCUUGCAGAUUUCCAGAAGGCAGAGGCUCUUUCGGUUGCGACGCUUGGAAUUCUGCGGUACCGCACCGUGAAAGAGGGAUUCCACAUACUACCAGCACAUUUUAAGACGACCCUUGCCUUCAACUUAGCAGAGAAACUGCCCAAAGGGGAUAAGAUAUUAGAGGCACUGUAUGGCAAGCUGAAGCAGCACUGCUCAAGAUUCAGAGGAAGUGAGGAUUUUGGGCAGAGUAGUUCGGAUGAAUUGACACUUGCUGAUCCCUUCCCACUUUCUGCUUAUACAAUGGUGAGGAUGGGUUUGCUGACACUGAAGGAGGAGGACAAUCCUGAGGAAAGGGAUUUCAUGGUCGGAGACGUGCAGAUAGGAGGAACUUGCUCGGUGCAAAUGGCUCUAGACCGUUCGGUAGAUUAUUCGGGCAGAGUGGAGGCAGCACGGGCAACGCUUGAUCAGAUCAAAGUGGAAGACAUAGACACUAAUGUAGCUGUCUUGAAGGAACUACUAUUUCCUUUGAUUGAGUUAGGCAAAUGGCUUCUUGUUUUGGUCGAGUGGGAAGAUCCACUUAAAUCAUAUGUCUUCUUGUUCUGUUUCCUCUACAUGAUAUAUAGCGGUUGGAUCUGGUUCAUGCUUCCUGGUUGUUUGCUCGGCUGUACUCUCUUGAUGCUAUGGCACAAACAUUGCGGGAACGGGCAGUUGAUCGGAGUAUUUGAGGUGACAACUCCCCCUCGGAGAAGAACUGUCGAACAGCUCCUGGCUCUGCAAGAAGCCAUCUCGCAGCUAGAAGCGCAUGUGCAGGCCGGAAACAUUUUCCUCCUCAAGCUCCGGUCCCUCAUGCUUGCAGCAUUUCCUCAGAGCACCAACAUAGUUGCGGUUGCGCUUGUCGUCGCGGCUGCGGCAUUUGCGUUGCUACCAAUGAGAAGCAUAGUUCUGCUGAUUCUGCUGGAAGCAUACACGAGGCAGAUGCCGGUGAGAAAGAAGAGCAGCGAGAAAUUGGUGAGGAGGUUGAGGGAGUGGUGGCUACGGAUUCCGGCUGCUCCUGUACAACUCCUGAGGCCUCAGGACACCAGGAGAUGGAGAUCGAGGCUGAGGUCGAGAUGAACAAAUCAGACAUGUUAAUAUUACUCACACGUGCUCUAUACUUGUACAUUUUUCCAAGUGACAGAAAUGUUUAUGUUAUCCGGACAGGAUGAAAGUUGAGAGGAAACAGAGAUCAUGGUGUACGUAAGCUGGGGCCUGGUCUUGACCAGUGGAAGUGGAUGAGGAAUUGUUUGCUUGUCUUGUUCAUUGUUGUAAACAGAUCUUUCUGUUGAAAUGGCCAGUACCAUUUGGGCAAAAAGAAUAGAUUGGGGAUCAACAUAUGUUGUGGCAGGAGCACGACAUUGUUUAUAGCAACUGAUCAUUAAAGUUGAGCUCUUAGCAUUUUAAUACCAAAUAA